AGCCUCCCAACAUCAAUCAAUAUUCAGUACGGUGACUCGUGGCGUUUGCGUCUAUAAUGUAAGUAUAUAUCGCAUAUCGGUGGGAUUCCAAUGUGUAUUUGCACCCACAUUUAACAUCAAUAUCAUUAAUUAUUUAUUUUUUUAAUUUUUUUUGGGAAUAAAAUCCAAAUUUGGUGCCGUAUGCUUCAAAAUAAUUGAACAAUUUGCGGUUUUACGUGUUUUUUGUGCGUUCGAAAUAAUUCAAGCAGCAGUUCAAUCCAAUCGUCGUUUCACCGUCGUACAAUUUGCAAUAAAAUCGACGGCGGUUUCACAUUGAUGUGAAAGGAAUUUGGCUUAGCUGGUAAUUUUGCUAAUUUCGAAUUUUGAGGAAUAAAAUAAACAUGGCGGCGGCGGUGCUUGGUAAUCAGACGUUGAAUUUGUGUAAAUUAGACCCUUCGGAGGCAUUAUACGCCAAAUCGACCCCUCCCAAGGCGACCGCGUUUUUCGGCGGAGUUAAGAAAUUCGAGAUUUGCGGCGGCGCUGCGGCGAGAUCGAGAUUCUUCGCGCCAAUUAAAGCAAUGGAAGCUUCCAAAACGACGACGCACUCCAUCGGACAGGCGAAAUCUCCGCGGCUCGAUUACGCCGCCGCCGACGCUGUAAACGGCGAUUGCGGCGGUUCUUCUGGGAAAACAGCGGUUGAGAUGUCUACAGUUGGAAAUUCGUCGAAUAUUGUGUGGCACAAGUGUUCUGUGGAGAAGAACGACAGGGAGGAGUUGCUUAAUCAGAAGGGCUGUGUUAUUUGGAUCACUGGGCUGAGUGGAUCAGGAAAGAGCACUGUGGCCUGUUCCUUAAGUCGUGCCUUACAUGCCAGAGGAAAACUCACCUAUAUACUUGAUGGGGAUAACUGCAGACAUGGUUUGAACCGUGAUCUUAGCUUUAAAGCUGAAGAUAGAGCUGAGAACAUAAGAAGGAUUGGAGAGGUGGCAAAGCUCUUUGCAGAUGCUGGACUCAUUUGCAUUGCAAGUUUAAUAUCUCCUUUUAGGAAGGAGCGAGAUGCCUGUCGAGAUUUACUGCCUGAUGGAGAUUUUAUCGAGGUGUACAUGGAUGUGCCUUUACAAGUUUGUGAGACAAGGGAUCCUAAGGGAUUAUAUAAGCUUGCGCGCGCUGGCAAAAUCAAGGGUUUCACAGGUGUUGAUGAUCCAUAUGAACCACCAUUGAACUGUGAGAUAGUAUUGCAUCAAAGCGAAGAAACGUGCGAUUCUCCAGCAGUUCUGGCCGAAAAAGUUGUUUCGUACUUGCAAAAAAAAGGUUACCUCGAGGCCUAAUUUGCAAUUAAAAAACGUUGGUUGUUUCGUGUUUGCAGCAGACAGACAUUUUGGAUAAGGAAAUCCCUUGUUUCCUUGUACAUAACCGUUAAUAUAGCAAAUACCGAUUAAUCAGUUUGUUCGUGGUGCCAGCUGGCAGCUUGUAGUUGAUUGAUCAAUCAACUCCCAACAAAUAAAUUAAAUGCACUUGUGUAAGGUGCCUCUUCUUUUUUUUUUUUUUUUUUUUUUUUCGAGUUUGUGAAUCGGAUAUAUGUAUUGAUCUGAAUAAUCAGCCAGUCUUGAUUAAUCAAUCUGUAGUUUGCUUGUUGUACUAAAUUAAACAAAACAUAAAGCCCAGGAAGUUGUAUUCUGAUUUUUUGUUCUUUAUUUAUUAAAUCAUGUGUAAGAUAUGUAAUAUGUUAAUCAAUAAGUGAUUAUGACAUUCAAAUUUAAUUUAAUUUAAUUUUGUUUGGAUUUAA